UCUUCCGAAAUGGUGUCAUUUCAGUAGGUGUUUGUUCCUGCGAACUUAGUUCACGUCUAACAUUGUGUUCCGCGCAGAUGCGAUGGUCAGGACGAUUCCGUCCGAUCUGACUUCCACGAGCUCACAUUCACGUUACAUAUAGCUUGCAGCGAUGUCAUGACCAAGCCCAAGCUUGACAAGCAUUACGCAAAGUGCUAUGCAUCUGUCACCUGCCUUGACUGCAGCAAAGUCUUCAACGGGCCUGCCGAAUACAAGUCGCACACAUCCUGCGUGAGCGAGGCAGAAAAAUACCAAAAGGGCCUGUACAAAGGCCCCAAAGGCCAGCAACAACAAGGCGGCUCCCGAGGGAACGGCAACGGGUACACGGACGGGCGACAGUCUCAGGGUACGUAUCAGCAACGGGGACGCAACGGCAGCUCCUGGGGCGCCGGCCGACCCGGGGGAUAUGUGCGCUAUGAGGCAACUGGUGCUAACGGUACUCCUUUGGGCACGCCCGUGCGGAUGUCGCCUAUCGCCACUCCAGUUCCCGCUUCGUCCCCGGCUCCGAAGGCUGAUGCAAACGACGUUCAAAUCGAGGCGAAGGAUGGUGGGAAGAAGGACAAGAAGAGGAAGGCAGAGGCGGUAGAGGAGGUCAAGGACAGCAAGGGUGCGGAGGAACUGAAGAAGAAAAAGGCCAAGAAGGCCAAGGACGCAGAGUUCGCGAGCACGCCCGCUGCACAGGCAGGUCCCUCGACCGAGGAAAUUGCCGACGCGAAGGAGUCCCCGAAGAAGAAGAAGGAAAAGAAGGAGAAAAAUAAGGCAGCCAGGUCCGAGGCCGCACCUGUCGCUGAGGCGACGUCCUUGUCAGCGCAGGAGGUCGCGGCACCGUCGUCGGACUCGAAGAAGAAAGACAAAAAGCACAAACAGAAGGAGGGCGAGGCGCAACCGGAGGAGGCGAAGGAUGGUGAGGGAAAGAAGUCGAAGAAGAGCAAGAAGGGGAAGGAGGUGGAGAGCGCAGAGGUGAAUGGUGUGACAGACAUAGAGGCGGCGAACAGGUUGGAGGCCAGCGAGGGGAGGAGGAAAAAGGAGAAGAAAGCCAAGGAGGGCGCAGGUGCGUCGGAGGAGCGAACCUCGAAGAAGCGGAAAGCGGACGCCUCCGACGACGGAGGAGCUCACGGCGAGGCAGAUGCGGAUGGAGAGGGGAAGCACAAGAAGGAGAAGAAGUCUAAGAAGGCGAAGUCAGUGGCAUUCGACCCUCCAGCAGCGACAGAGGGCGCAUCGGAGGGCAGGCAGAAGGAGAAGAAGGAGAGGAAGUCCAAAAAGGCGAGUGCAGGCGGGGUGGAGGCCGCUGCAUGACCGGUACCGUUCGUGACCACUGUCUCUUCUCGGAUUUGUUGGGAUUUAGUCUUCGUAUCUACACUGCAAUCUACCCCGCACUGCAUCAUCCAUUCC